AUGGACGACAAACGUCACGCCGAGGAGGCUGACCCAUCGCCUGAGGUGGAGGGGACUCCCUCCACCAAGCACCGAGACAAGGCAGUGCGUACAGACAAGGCCAAGGACGGCAUCGCGCGCCGGCUGCCGCUGGGUGCCGAUGCUGACGAGGACGCCAGUGCUGCUGCAAGCGGCGCCACGGCGGCCGCGCAGGCGGCGGGCGACGGCGACCACGCCUCUGGCGCAGGCGACAGCAGCAGCGCCAGCGGUUCUGUAGCGGCCGCCCUCAUGGCUGCUGCGGCGGCGGGGGCAGAUACGCAGCUGCUGAAUAUGCUGGCGGAGCCCUGGAUCGUGGCGGAGCUCAUCGGUGUGCUUGAGGAGCGCAACCUUGUUGGGAACCUGCAGCUGCAGGUCGCACACAUCCUCCAGACCAACGUGCAGACAUCCAUAAACGCAGCGCUCAGCGUCAUGGCGUUUCUCAAGCGCACCGGCGUCAUCACAGUGUCAACCGGCCCGCUACACCACCAGGGCGGCGGCGGCCGCGGCCUCUUCGCCUUCAGGAUUCCGCCAGGGGUCCUGGACUGCCUGCCCAACGGCCAGGACUGUGUGGUCGUCACCUGCGGGGGCCUCGGCAUGGACGCCUCUGCAAACAGGCGCGCGGUGUCGCUGCUGCUCCUGCACGUGCUGGACCUGCUGCCGCGGGGCCGGUUUGCUGAUGUCACCGCUGUGCGAGAGGCCGCGGCCGACGAGGCCAUGGCGCGCCGCGCGCCCGGCGCGGAGGGCCUCGGCACUGCGGCGGCGGGCGCGAUGGCCGCGCUGCGGGCCGCUGCGGAGGCGGCGGCAGCAGCCCCCAGGUUGCAGCAGCCGCCCGCCCCACGCACGCUGACGCGGGAGGCUUUGGUGGUAGCGCUGGGGCUGGCGGUGGUGGUGGCCGGCGAGGAGGUGGAGAAGCGCGCAAUGGUGGCUGCGAGGCCGCUGGUGCGCGCGCCGCAGGGCCCGGCCGUGCGGCCCGAGGGUAAGUCGCAAACGCCCCGGAGGAUGAUCGCCGCGGCUGUCUCGCAGCAUGACUGCAUGGUCUCUGCGGGGCUGGCGGAGCCGGGCAUGGAGAUCGGCUGCUACCGGAGGCGGGGCAGCGAGAAGCCGUGCGGGUUUGCGAUCGUGACGUUCACGGCGCCCGAGCUCGGCCUCGUUGGGCGCCAGGUUUUUAGGAAUGCGCGGCCCAGCCCGACGUUCAAGCACGCGGUAGCGGUGGCGGCCGCGCGUUUUUGUUUCGAGACCGGCAUCCGGUCGGGUGCUGUGAGGCUGUGGGGGACGGAUGAGGCCACGGCGCCGAAGCAGGCGGCACCGACCAACGCCGAGAGCAACGAGGUCGACGACGCCAGGGUGGCCGACGGCGGCGCAGGCACCUCUAACCCCCGCUCGCCCCUGGCCGGCAGGGCAGGCCGCGCGCCAAAGUCCGGCCUCACAACAUUCUUAAGGGAGGUGGACGGCGGGGAGGCCGAAGACGAGGACCCAUGA